AUGGCCUCCGAACUAAUGUGGCCUCAAGACCAACGAAGCUCCGCCUCCGAUGAAGCUAUCCGGUGUAAGUAUGUUACAAAGAACACACAACUUGGUGAUGGGUGUUUCAGCGUUGUGAAAGAGUGCAUGAAUGUUCAAACUCAAGAGCGAUACGCAAUGAAACUCAUUAGUCGAAAAACAGUUAAAGGUAAGUUGUGGCUCAUCCAGCGAGAGGUUAAAUUGUUGAAAGAGGUCAGCAGUCGGAUUAGGGAGUUGGAAAGCUCUGGUAACCAAUGCUUGGACAGUUUUGAAGGCCAUCAUCAUGUUUUACAGUUAUUUGACUAUUUCGAAACCCCGCAAAAUAUUGUGCUGGUCAGCCAAUUGUGCGACCAUGGCGACUUGUAUGAAAAGAUCAUCGAGGCUGGAUCACUGGAUCUUUCCAAGCAAGUCAAACCGUACACUGCAUGCCUUUUGAGUGCCAUUCAUUUUUUACACUCUAAUGGCGUUAUGCACAGAGAUGUCAAAGCGGAAAAUGUGAUAUUUCGUUUGCGAAUCACUGAGCUCGACGAAUUUGCCCGUCGUGGAUCAAACUACGACUACAUGUCUCAUGACUUGGUCUUGGCUGAUUUUGGCCUUGCUACGAAACUGGAUAGCUCCGAUGAUGAACUCAAAGAAUGCGUCGGAACUAUAUCAUACCUGGCACCCGAAGUCGUCAAAUGCAGAGGUAUUUCCAGGCUUGCUCCAUCUGACUCUAAGAAGAUUAAACCUUAUGGUGCACUGAUCGACGUUUGGGCGUUGGGCGUACUAACUUACUUCAUGAUGACCGGUUAUAUGCCAUUCGAUUGCGAUACCGAUGACGAAACUAGAAAAUGCAUUUCUGAAGGUGAUUACUACGUGGAGGAUGCUUUACGAGAAGAUGAGGCUCUGAAGAACAGCUGUUUUUGGAACUUUGUUCACUUGUGUUUUACAGUAGAUUCUGGAGAGCGACCAUCAGCCCAUGAACUUCGGAAACAUCCAUUUGUGCAGGAAUUUUUCCAUAGCGACGACGAGUCGAAACCUCUCGCUGACAAAAUUGCUUUGCGCAAGACGUUUUCUUCAUCUUCUAUUCACAAAUUAGGGACUCCUUCUCGAUCAUCGACUUUUUCAAACUUGGCGCACUUGGGACAUAUUGAUUUAACUACUAACCAAACUGGUGGCUCUCGAGACCAAGAACUUAGUAGAAUAAGAGAAACGCUCAAGAAAACUCUAUCGAUGGCUUCGAUCACUUCACCUAGAAUUGGUUCUAUGAGUAAAGCUAGGCAAAAUAAGGAAAACUCAACCUUUAGAUUGGAACCUUUACCACCCAGUAGUUCAUUAAUGAAUGGCAGUUUUUCUCUAACGCCAGAGUGCACGUCAAAUUUCACAACAUCACCAAACAUCUCAAAUAACCCGUCUUCCAACGACCUGAGCCGGCUUAUGUCCGCCCCAGAAUCCAGCGGUACAGCAGUGACAGGCCAAAGUACCACCCCUAACACAGAUUUACUCAGCGGUGGUGAUAAAGGAUCCUACUUUCGCAAUGCAGGUGCAAGGUUUGAUUUGUGA